CAACACGAAUGUGGCCAAUAGCAUUAUGUGUCAGGGUUUAGCCUGGGAUAGUUAAUCUGUACAUGUUUCGUGUAUCCCAAAAACAGGGAGAGCACGACUUUGGUUGGGAAAGCAAUGUAGGGAACCAGCCUUUUCUCAGAAAGGGAGCAACUUUGAGAGGAUAUGGUGCCAUUUUCCAGUGGCUUUCUGCUUGAAAUGUAUCAAGUGAUUAUUUAUCUUAAAGUUAAAGCGUGUUAUAGCAAUAUGUGAUCUAAUGAGCUACAAUUUGUAAUGAAAAACAUUUGAAAGUGAAUAGGCUAGUCAAAGUUAAGAUGUUGCUUGCAUACUUUAAUGUUUUUUAAGGCUUUUUACGAGUCUCGUUCUGUAGGUAGACGCCCUACUGUAUCGUGUGAACGAUAACGUCAUCAUGUCGGUGCAUAAACUGGUUACUGUAAUUGAAUGGAACGGAAGGAGGUGGGGUGCUGCUGUUUAAGACGUUGAUCAUUGACGUUGCAAAGAAGGACCGGAACGGCUCAAACAAUCUCGGCGACUUCCGAACGCGGAUGAAUUCAUCCUAAUCCAUGGUCGAUCAUCAGGAGAUUUGAUGGAUUUCCUAUAGGAAACUAUACUCGGGGUGCAUAGUUCCAGUUUAUAUAUACCGCUCCUUCUCCUCCCUGGCUCCCUCUACUCACCGCUCUAACAACGCAGAAGUCUCCACCGUCUUCAUCAUAAGUCAUUUUCAUGAACAAUGACAACCAAGUUGCUGGUGUCUUUCUUACUUCUGACAGUCCAACGGGUGCGUUCUGACCCAGACCCAAGGGACUACGAUGGGGACUAUGAGGACACUACUGUCAGUCAGAUGCUGGCUCCCAAAAACCACCAGGCAGAGGCCACGCUCAUAUUAAAUAACUUACUUAAGGACUACGACAAGACACUACGCCCUGAUAUUGGAGUUAAACCAACGCUUAUCGACGUUGACAUAUACGUCAAUAGCAUCGGACCUGUAUCAUCAAUAGACAUGGAAUACGAAAUUGACAUCAUUUUUGCACAGACGUGGAUCGACAGCCGUCUGCAAUACAACAGCACUAUGAAGAUCCUGACUCUAAACAGCAACAUGGUGGGAAUGAUCUGGGUCCCUGACACCAUCUUCAGAAACUCCAAGAACGCAGACUCUCAUUGGAUUACGAUGCCCAAUCAGCUUCUGCGUAUUUGGAACGAUGGGAAGAUAUUAUACACGCUGAGGUUGACCAUCAAUGCAGAGUGCCAGCUGCAGCUCCACAACUUCCCUAUGGAUGAGCACUCCUGUCCCCUGGUCUUCUCUAGCUAUGGUUACCCCAAGGAUGAAAUGAUUUACAGAUGGAAAAGGAACUCCAUCGAAACCUCAGACCAGAAGUACUGGCGCCUCUACCAGUUUGACUUCAUGGGCCUGCGGAAUUCCACAGACGUCCUAAAAACAACAGCAGGUGAUUAUGUGGUCAUGACAGUGUAUUUUGACCUGAGCAGGAGAAUGGGUUAUUUCACCAUCCAGACCUACAUCCCCUGUAUCCUCACCGUGGUGCUCUCCUGGGUCUCCUUCUGGAUCAAUAGCGAUGCCGCCCCCGCCAGAACAGCGCUAGGUAUCACCACUGUGUUGACAAUGACCACCCUUAGUACAGUGGCCAGGACGUCCCUACCCAGAGUCUCCUAUGUGACGGCCAUGGAUCUCUUCGUCACUGUGUGCUUCUUGUUCGUCUUUGCGGCCAUGAUGGAGUACGCCAUCCAAAACUACUACGCCUACAGGGCACAGAAGCCCCGCUACAACAAGACAAACAAGACGCAGAGACUGGAGAUGGCCUUCCUCUGUCCCCUCCCACAGACCUACUCGAUGCUAGACACAGGGCCCAGGUCCCCCACGACUGUGGUUCCAUUGAACAACAACUACUCAUACUGGCAGGACUAUGAGGACGUGUACGAGUGUCUGGACGGGAAGGACUGCCAGAGCUUCUUCUGCUGUUACGAGGAGUGCAAGGGGGGAGGGUGGAGGAAAGGACGCAUCCAUGUCGACAUUAAGGAGCUGGACGCUUACUCGAGAGUCUUCUUCCCUACGUCAUUUCUCCUGUUCAACAUCGUCUACUGGGUCUCUUAUCUCUACCUUUAGUAGUUUCAGUUGGAUUUGAUAGAAUUUGAUUGGACAAAUAUGGAAAGACUCAAAUGGGAAGAGGAGAUGUCACAAGACAUAAGAUGUCACUCAGUGGCAGCUUUGUGCACGUUAACACUUGAUUGGUUGGUGGGUUAGUGUAGCCAGCCAAUAGAUAUAGCUGUGAGACACUAACGCCGGGAUGCUAGCCAGAUAAGAGAUAAUGAAGCAUCCACAGUGCCUUCUUCAGGAAGGGGCCAUCACCUAUACAGAGGUGCAAUAAGGGGACUAGAAGCUUUGAAGUUUUUCCUACAUAGGUUAUCCCACAUAUGCCAUUUCAACGCAUGCUAUACUGUUCAUUAAAAACAAUGAAAAGCUAGGGGGGACUGCACUAUGAAAUUCUUCUAUUGUUGCUUUGUAUUAAUUAGUCAGUUGCAUAGUCAUUGUAAGCCAUUUGACAUAUAUAGAACCUCAAUAUGAUUUAUUUUAGGCACCAACAGGGUCUUAAAUAUUAGGUCAUUGAUAACAUUGAUUUGGUUUAGAUUAAUAUACGUUUAUAUCAUAAACAUUUGAAUGAUGUUUUCUACCAAGGGUGAUGUACAACAAGAACAUGCAUAGUAUAUCUUACAACAACACUAUAACAUAAUAAUGUAAAGAUGAAAAUAGUUAUUUUGUAAAAUAAUGUAUCUAAUAAACUUUUAUUUUGUAACAUA